AUGUUCUAUUUAAGGAUUGGUUUUGCUCGUUCAAUAUACGAUCGUCUUCGUGAUGAAUAUAAAGAAGCAACAUCAAUAACACAAACAAAUUUACCAGUCAAAGUUCUUGAAUAUUGUAGGGGUUUAUUUACUGAUGAACUUUAUCAACAAUUAAUGUCUGUAACAAAUCAAAUAGAACGAAAAUUAACAAAAAGUGAUUUUGAUUCAACAUUACCAACACCAUUAUCAAGUACAAGUCCAGCACUUGAAUUUGUUAAAUCUGUUUGUUGUCUUCUAUUUCUUUUACAUGAUAUGCAUGAUGAUGUUAUGAAUCUUCGAAGAGAUUUACUUAAAUUACUUAAACUUAGCGAAUAUUCUGAAAUGACAACAACAAAUCUUUCAUCUCUAACAUCAUUUGUUGUACCACAACUUGUUUGUUCAAAUUGUAAUCAUUAUCGUGAUAUUGAUUUAUAUCGUGAAAUAAAUUCAACAAUUGAUAAAGAUUCUGAUGAUGAACAAUAUCGACAAUAUCAAUAUAUAUGUAAUCAAUGUCAUACAGCUUAUGAUCAAACAGUUAUUGAACAAUAUUUAUUAAAUCAUUUACAAAGACUUGUAUUAGAAAAUGUUCUUCAAGAUGCUAUUUGUAAUAAAUGUCAUUUUGUUCGAAAUGUUUAUUAUAAAAUAUAUUGUGAUUGUGGAGAAUUAUAUCAAAAUUUACAUACAACAAGACUUUUAAAUGAUACAUGUAUUAUAUUAGCACAAAUAGCAUCAAAACAUCAAAUGACAGCUCUUCAACAACAAAUACAAUUUCUUAAUCGACUUAAUCAUUGGAAUGAGUGA